UGAAGGACCUUCUUUUAUGUUUUCUUCCUCGGGUUUUCAAACAUAAGAGGAACGGGCUAGGGUUUAAAGGGCAAAAGAGAAGCUUGUGAAGAACGGUGGAGUUAAAGCAGAAGUUUCGGUUUACUUCGGAGAAGAUUUUCAGACGAAAUCAGUGAGAAAGAGAGGGAGUGAGCUCAGAGGGAAGUUUGUAAAGAAAGGGAGUGAAAACAGAAGCUUUGGUUUACUUUUGAAGGCGAUUUUGGGAGAUAGGAAGAGGAAAGAGAGUGAGUAGAAACCUAGCGAGAAGAAGAAGAAGGAAACAAGGAGAGAGUUGAGAGGCUGAGAGUGAAACAGGGACGAAUAGAGUGAAGUAGAAGGGAGCGGAAAAAAAAAAAAAAGGAAAAAGGUACAGAUAGAAAACAAUUUAAGCGUGAAGGAUAAACAAAUAGAAAAACGAAAGAGUGAGACCGAGAAAGAGAGAAUAACAGGGAAAUUAGACCGAAACAAGAUAAAAAGAGGCUAAGAUUAAGAGGGCCACACAGCAGCAGAGGAGAACCAGAUACGCUGGAAAGAAAAAGGAAAAGCUUCUGGGUUUGCCUCCGACUUCAGUUUUUAUUCAGAUGGCGACUCCAUUGGAGAUAAACUCUACUAAAAAAACAGCCUCUGAAGCUUUACAUCGACUAAAGUCGACAGAGCUGCCAGUUUGGCUUGCACCUAGCCCAGAGCUCUCCCAGGCGACUCGAAUCGCCUCGCAACAACUAUUUUCCUACUUGAAGCCGUUUAGCCCCAAAUCGCCCUUUGAUCAGCUCUUGGUUGAUGGUUUUGAUGCAGAGCAGAUAUGGCAGCAAAUUGACCUCCAGUCACAACCUCUGCUUUCUAGCCUCCGCCGGGAAGUGAAGAAGUUUGAGAAGAAUCCAGAGGAACUAUUGAAGCUCAAGAAGGUUCUAGAAGGGAAAGAAAGUAAAGAAUUUGAUGAAGAAGAUGAUGAUAUGGACAUGGAUGCUGAUGGGUUCAGUGAUUCAGAGGAGGAGGAAGGGGAGGAUGGUGGUGGAGGUGAGAAGGGAGACAAAGAGGAAGGACAAAGUGAAGAAAACCGAGAGGAUGAGGAUGAAGAUGAGGAGAAGGGAAAUGGAGACGGGAUAGAGGAUAAGUUUUUUAAGAUAAAUGACUUGGAGGAAUAUUUGGAGGAUGGUGAGGCUAGGGAAAUGGGGUUAACUAAGAGUAAGAAAGAGAAUGGGAAAGGGCAGAGAAAGAUCUUUUAUGAUGACGAAGAGGAAGAUGAGGAAGGAGAGGAUGAGGAUGAAGAUGAAGAGGAUGGGUUUGAGGCUUCUGACGACAAAGGUGAAAAUGCAGAUGAGCUGGAAAAUGCAAGAUAUGAAGACUUCUUUGGUGGUGGAAAGAAAGUUUCAAUAAGAAAGCCCAAGUUGGUUAAUGGAUCAGAAGAUGACUUAGAGGAUGAAAAAGAUGAUGAAAAGGGAAAGAAUGGUCUUUCGACGCAUGAAAAAGAACUUGAGAACCUUAAAUCUAAGAUAGAGCAGAUGGAGAAAGCUAAUUUAGAGCCAAAAGAUUGGACCAUGCAAGGAGAGGUAACUGCUGCACAAAGGCCUAAGAACAGUGCAUUAGAAGUGGAUUUAGAUUUUGAACACAAUGUGAGGCCUGCUCCUGUGAUCACAGAGGAGGUUACUGCAUCACUUGAAGAUAUGAUUAAGAAUAGAAUCCUUGAGGCCAAAUUUGAUGAUGUUCAAAGAGCUCCAAGUUUACCUUCUAAAGCACCAAGAGAACUGAAAGAGUUGGAUGAGAAUAAGAGCAAGAAGGGUCUUGGUGAAGUUUAUGAGGAAGAAUAUGUCCAGAAGGCUAAUCCAGAUUUUGCUCCAUCAUCUUUCUCAGAUGAACAAAAGAAAGAGGCAAGCAUGUUAUUCAAGAGACUCUGCUUGAAGUUGGAUGCUCUUUCUCGUUUUCACUUCACUCCAAAACCUAUUAUUGAGGACAUGUCUAUACAAGCAAAUGUUCCUGCCCUUGCCGUGGAAGAGAUUGCACCCUUGGCAGUCUCAGAUGCAGCUAUGCUUGCUCCUGAGGAAGUGUUUGCUGGCAAAGGUGAUGUUAAAGAAGAAGUUGAGCUGACAAAAGCAGAGAGAAAGAGGAGGAGAGCCAACAAGAAAAGGAAAUUUAAGGCUGGAACAGCAAAAAGGAUGGAGAAGAAGAAACAGAUCAACACAAUACAAAAUCAGAAUUUACUGCUAAUGCAUAAUUUUGGCUAGAAUCAUCGAUCACGUCAUCACAUCAUACCCUUUGCAAAACUGCAGGCAAGGAAGAGGAAUGAUUUUUUUUUUUUUUUCUUCUUUUUGCGAAUUUCAACAUACACAACAAUACAUUUCCGACAUAAAGGUUGCAAAUAUGGAGAGACGAGGAGGAAAGAAAGAGUUUUGAAUAGGAAGAAAGAUGUAGGUUGUGUUGGAGUUUAAGAAAGUCUGUGCAAAAAGAGGAUUAGAUUCAGGGGAGCUUUGUUUAGUAUCAGGAUUGGUGUGGACAUGAAAAGAAUCAAGUAGGGUUUAUAUCCCCCAGCUUAUUUUUUCAUUCC